CAAGCUGGUCCAGCGGAGGAGGAAUACAUGUCCCAGUCCUCAGGACAUCACUCGGGCCCUGCAGAGCCCCAGCCCUGCACCCAGUGCCAGUGCUCCCAGCCUGGAUGAGCUCAUACAGCGCUGCCUGAACUGCUUCGGUCAGUGUCUGUCCCUGCGUGUUUGCAUGCGUUCCCAAAGUUUGUCAUGUGUCUUUACUCUUUAUCACAGCCAGGUUACAUAAAUGAGGGAUGAGGGAGAGUAAAGGGGGGAAUCCAGGGUGAGAGAAACUGACAGGGAGGGGGGGGACAAAGGGCAGGCUCAUACAAUCAAGCUUUGUUCUGUUGGGCUGCAGAGGCCAACUAGCUAUUCCCAUGCAAUGGGAUACAAAUCUCUCUCCUCUCUACCGUGUUUUAGUAGUCUUGUUGUCACUGAAAACAUGUCUCGAUACUGGUGUUUCAUUUGCAAUGUUUUGAGAUCCAAGGAUGAGAGUCCUGCUUCCACGGUAGUGCGAGGAGCGCUCAAAGACUGAAAAGUGACAUUUAGGAAACCUAGGAAACAUCAUAUUGUGAAAGGUCACAGUUGGAUGUAUCUCAUACAGUAGGCGAAAAGGCAGGAAAACACCAACCGUGGCAGGUUGUGAUUUCGUCGCAAGGUUAACACAGACAGACACUCACACCUACAGGAAAUCCACCUGUGCUGCAUGUCAUGGAAGUGUGACAGAAAAAAAAACAAAGCACAUGGAGACAAACAAUAUGAAAAUCUAAAACUCACUCAAGUAGAGCUGAAAUGAAAUGAACUAUCUGACCACUGAGCCAUUGUGCAGUUUUCUGUGGUUGUUAUUAAUCUUCCUUGUGUGAAAUGUGCCGCCGUGUGUUUGUUGCAGAUUCAGAGGGGAAGCUUUCCAGCCCCAGAGGGUCCCAGCUGGUCCACAUGACCCUGAUGAUGCACAGUUGGGUUGUACCAUCUCAGAUGUUCGCCCAGAAACUUCUCACCCUUUAUAAGGAUUGUCCUUCAGACAAGAGAGGACUGAGGCGGGCACAGAUCUGCCACCUCAUCAGGCAGUGGAUCGGCCAGUUCCCGGCAGUAUUUGAGGCGGACCCCCUGCUCGAGCAGAUCAUGGGGGACCUGUGGGCCCUGGUCCGGUCGGGUGGAGAGGAAAAGCAUUCCCAGCUUAUUGACACUUCCUGCUUAAGCCCUGGGAACAUAUUCCAGGCACCUUCACCCUCCGUGAAGAAGAGGAAGGUGUCGUUGAUCUUCGACCACAUGGAACCAGACGAGAUGGCUGAGCACCUCAGCUACCUCGAGUUCAAGAACUUCUGUAACGUUUCAUUCCUGGACUACCGCAGCUACGUGGUGCGGGGCUCUGUGAGGGACAACCCUGCGUUGGAGCGGUCAGUCAUGAUGUGUAACGGUGUCUCCCAGUGGGUCCAGCUGAUGAUCCUCAGCAGACACACAGCCCAGCAGAGAGCCCAGGUGUUCACUAAGUUCAUUCAUGUGGCUCAGAAACUUCGAGCUCUGCAAAACUUUAACACUCUAAUGGCAGUGACAGGAGGCCUCUGUCACAGCUCAAUCUCCCGCCUCAAAGACACCUCUAACCUGCUCCCUCCUGACAUCACUAAGGCCCUGAGUGAGAUGACAGAGCUGCUCUCCUCACGCAGCAACUACAUCAACUACCGGCGGGUUUACAACGACUGCACCGGCUUCAAGGUGCCCAUCCUGGGCGUCCACCUAAAGGAUCUGAUCUCCCUGAACGAGGCCCUGCCAGACUACAUCGACGAGGACAAGAUCAACCUGAGCAAGCUACAGCACCUGUACAGCAACAUCAACGAUCUGCUGGCCCUCCACAGCUACACGCCGCCUUUCGAGGCCAACAAAGACCUUCUGCAUCUGCUCACGCUCUCUCUAGAUUUAUACUACACCGAGGACGAGAUAUAUGAACUUUCAUACACCAAGGAACCCAAGAACCCCAAGAUCCAGCCUGUAGCUCCAGUUAAACCGCCUGUAGUGGCAGAAUGGGGGUCAGGGGUCACCCCCAGGCUCGAUCCUGACACCAUAUCUAAACACGUCAAACAGAUGGUGGAUUCCAUUAUGAAAAAUUACGACCAGAACCAGGAUGGUUACAUUUCUCUGGAGGACUUUGAGAAAAUAGCAGCCAACUUCCCCUUCUCCUUCUGCACUCACGAAACUGACAGGGAGGGACAAAUCAGCCGUGAAGAAAUAACCUCUUACUUCAUGAGGGGAAUGUCUAUAUGUGCUAAGCUGGGCUUCAACUUCAGCGACGCACAUAACUUCCACGAGACCACGUAUAAACGGCCAAAGUUUUGUGAUACUUGUGGAGGCUUUCUGUGGGGAGUCAUAAAGCAAGGCUACCACUGUAAAGACUGUGGGAUAAACUGUCACAGACACUGUAAAGAUCUAGUGGGAAUGGAGUGUUUGAAGAAACACAAAAACACAAGCGGAUCCUGCCCAUGUACCCCUGCACCUGACUCAAGAACCAAGGGCAACAGCUGGAGUUCAGAGGAGGACACCUUUGUUUUCCCGCAGAGUAAUGAGACAGAACACAACAAGGGCACCUCUGUUUGGAAAAAUAACGCCGGCGACUCUGCGCUGUCGGACCGCUCGACUCAGACAGAUCCCGGAGUUUGGACGCCUGAAAAAAAGGACAAGAGGGGAAACCUCCACAACUCUCUUGUACAUGCGUCCCCAGAUAGAAAGGUCAAAACACUGCCACAGAGAUCCCGAGGCUGCUCCACGCCCGUUCCCCUCCUGCAGAAGAUGGAGGAGCUGCAUCUACACAAAGACAAGAGCAGAGAGCCAGACUGAGCUACUCCAUCUUUGAACCUUUCCCCUCACGGACAAAAACAUCCAGACACCACCACGUUUCUGACAGAGCUGUGUCGGACUGGUGUUGAACUGAUGAGAUCUACUGGCCGUUCGCAUCAGAUCGGCCAGUAGACAUGGACUCCAUUCAUGUUUCAAGUUUGGUUGUGAUGUUUUUAUUUUGUGUUUGUCCGUCUUCAUUCGUUCGGCUUAUUUGUUCAGGCUUCAACUUUCCUACUGUAAUUUAUGAACACCUCGUCUUGUUUUAGAACAGGUGCCUUGGUUCUCUGGUGCUACACAACCUCGAUCCACAAAGGUUACAACAACAGACAUUGAGGGUUUCCUGAGCUAAUACACACAGGAUAAAUGCAGGGUAGGAAAUUAACACUAACCUCAACAAAAGUCUGGUUCAUUUUAACUUGGCAGCUAUGUGACAACUCUGCUCAUGAAUUCUGAAAGCAAGCCAUCACGAGAAACAAUUGCCUUUGAUUUGGAUGAUAUAUGUAUAGCAUGAGACAAUUUCUUCAUGGCAAUAUUGGAUUUACUAUUUUUUUGCAUGUGAUUAACUACUGUGACAUUUCUAGUUCAUUUCUUAUAUUUCCAGAAAAUGUUCAUCAAAAUGUCUAAACAAUGCAUUUGUGCUCGGGUCCUUGUUUGGAUGGGAAACAGCGAAAGUAGCUUGUGAAGUCGAAUAUAUAUCCGCCCCCACUCAUCACAGCUAACAGCGGAAAAUGUUUAUUUCCUGCCCUGACGACAUUUUUGGCUUUCUUAGUUAGUUUAAAAAGGUUCAUUCAAGGUUCAGCAGGACUGCACUGGAACUAUACGUAUGCUGCAAAAUUGGCAUAUUGUUUUUUUUUUUUAGCUAAAUGCUUUGUUUCGUCCUUUGGCCACAAUUUCAAUCUUGUUGAGAAUAAGAAAAAUACACCAAUAUUGAUAUAUCAUGCAGUACGUGUUGUGUUUGACUUCAGCGGAAAAGAAAAGAAAGAAGGGACCACGUCAAGACUUACAGGCGUAUACAAUUGCAUUUAUUGUAUAAAGACAAGAAGACAGCUCGAGUAACUGAUCAAAUCGGAUUUUCCAGGUAGAAAAAAAUGGGUAUGACAAACAGGAUUUAAACUACCGAACUCAAUGAACACCAAUCACAAAAGGGAUAAAAAAAAGAAAACUGCACAUAAAACUUCUAGUAGUGGCAAAAUAUUCUUCUCAAUCAAAGACUGAAUUAACGCUUAAAUACUACAGUUAUCAACACCUAUAAAAAAAAA